GAGGAAAUGACCAUACAUAAUUUAAAUAUUAACAUUAAUAAUUGCACUUGUUAUUAAUAAUUGAUGCUUUCAUAGUUAUAACUAGGGCAAGAUACACUACAAGAAGACAGGACACAGGACACAGUUCCCAAUUUUUUUGAAAGAUCAGCUAAAGGCAUAUCGUUCCAUAUUUUUGGUAUUUUACCGAUAAGAAAUGAUAAGUAUAAGAGAAUGGAUGAAUAAUAAGACCAUCCUAAUAACUGGAGGAGCAGGUUUUUUCGGAAAAGUUUUGACUGAAAAAUUGCUUAGGACAUGUCCUGGUGUGAAACAAAUUUAUCUCAUCAUAAGACCAAAACGUGGGAAGACUCCACAGGAAAGAUGGGAUGAAAUAAUAAAGGAUGCGUUAUUUGAACCACUCUUAGCUCAAGCACCUGAUAUAAUGGAAAAAAGUUUCCAUUUUGGAAGGAGAUUUGUCUGUCAUCAAUUUAGGGCUAUCUGAAGAAUCUAUUGAGGAGCUGAAAAAUAGAGUGAAUAUAAUUUUCCAUUCAGCAGCUACAGUUCGAUUCAACGAUCCACUUCACAAAGCUAUCCUCUCAAACACGAGAGGAACUUUAGAGAUGUGUAAAUUAGCCUCUAAAAUUAAUAAUCUUGAGGUAUUUGUUCAUGUUUCAACAACAUAUUGCAAUCACAAUUUGAAAAAAAGUUGUUAUGAAGAAAAGCUUUAUGAACCAUGUCAGGAUUGGAGGGUAAUACUAAAACUAAUAGAAACAGAAAAUCCUGCAGUGAUGAAUACUAUCUCUUACAAAAUCAUAGAGGAUCAUCCAAAUACUUACACAUUCUCAAAAUCACUGAGUGAAAAAAUAGUAGAAGAAUAUUCUUCUAAAUUCCCUGCAGUCAUAGCAAGACCUUCAGUUGUGUUUGGGAUCUACAGUGAUCCCGUUCCUGGUUGGACAGACAAUGUGUACGGCCUCUUAGGAAUCUCAACAGCUGUCACAAAAGGGGUCAUGAGGGUCAUGAAAGGUAGAAGUGACUGCUGCCUAGAUUAUAUUCCAGUUGAUGUUGCCAUAAAUGCCCUCAUAAUUAGCAGUUGGGAAAAGGCAAAUAGUGAGAAUAACGAAUUAUCAAUAUACAAUUGUGCUUAUGCUGAUUCCGUGGCAGUCACUUUUAAAGAGUUAGGAAUGACAGCAUUGAGUGACGGGAUGAAUGACGGAAGUACUAUUUUUGAUAAUGACAUUUGGUACCCUUUCCUGUUAUUAACCACAAAUGACUUUUAUUUUCACUUCCUCUUCUACACCUUACAAGUCAUACCAGCUGUUCUUAUCGAUUCGAUUUUGUAUCUAAUGAAAAAGGAAAGAAGAUUGAUGAAAUUAACUAUAACAAUCUACCAAGCUAUUCAAGCGUUGUCACCGUUUACAAUGAAAGAAAUAAAAUUCAACAACAGAAAAUAUCAUGCUCUGUGGGAGAAAUUAUCAGCGGAUGAAGCUGAAGUAUUUCUAACGAGACCACCUUCUGAUUUUAAUAAGACAGAUAUUAUCCUAUUGGGGCACCGAGGACUGAAGAAGUACUUUUUAAAAGAAAAUUUAGCAGAUAAUGAAUUACAUAUGAAAAAACUAAGGAGAUUGUACUACUUGCACCAAUUCACCAAAGGAAUUCUUAUUAUCUUAGUAUUUACGUCAUUAUAUAAAUUAAUGAAUUUAGCAAUAAACAUAUAUAUUUAAUAGGAUGUAAUAAAAUAUUUAUCUUGUAAUAAAAAAAAUUCAAAAUAAAUAUCUUAACAAUC